GAGCAAGGUAUCUCUUCAGCAGCUGUGCCUGGACUGCAGACACAGCAGCCCCACCUCAGGGCUCACCUGCUUAAGGAAACAGGAACCACCCUCAGGCAGUAGCCCCGCCCUGCUGACGUACAGACCAUGAACCGAAACCCAGGCUCCUCCAGGCUCCAGGCCCUGUCUGAGUGAGGAUCUCGCUACCCAGGGAACUCCCAGGAAGCCAUGACAGAGGCCAGACAGCUGCCCCCACCGCUGCCUCCACGACUACACUGGUUUGUGCAGACACAGAUGUGCCAGCUAGCUCAAGGAGGGGUUCCUGCUUGGUUCCAUGGUGCCAUCUCCAGAGAGGAUGCUGAGAACUUGCUGGUAUCACAACCACUGGGAUCCUUCCUCAUCAGAGUCAGCCACAGCCAUGUGGGCUACACACUCUCCUACAAAGCCCAAAGUUGCUGUCGCCACUUCAUGGUGAAGCUCUUGGACAAUGGGAACUUCAUGAUCCCUGGGGAGAAGUGGAUCCAUGACUCAUUGGAUGCUCUGGUCACCUUCCACCAGCAGCAGCCUAUGUGGCCCCAUGAGGAGCUGCUAACUCAGCCCUGCGGGCAGAAAGAUCCAGAAAAUGUAGAUUAUAAGGAUCUCUUCUUUUAUUUCUCUGCAUUGGCUGAGGAGGCCUCUGGGCCUGGCCAUGGAUCCAGCAGACAUCAGAAUCCCUCCUCUUGUCCCAUGGAGGCACCUGAGCAGGCCUUGUCAAGGUCAGUCCUGCUUCAUCAGCCAAAGGAAAGAAAGUCAUCAGCAGAGAUGAACAGAGCACACUCAGAGAAAGCCACUUCCUCCUACACCCCAAAAGCUCCUCUUGAGGAGGCCUGCCAAAAACUCUGGAAGAACCUCAAGAUGCUCCCCCAGACAGGCAAGAAGUACCAGCAGCAGCUGAAAUCCCACCUGGCGGCUGUGAACUUGUCCUUGCCAUGGGAUGCCAGGCGAGGGGCGGGUGGCCAGGACCACUCAGGUAACGAGAUUUUGGAAAAUGUCUACACGGACCCUUUUGCAUCCUCAUUGCCUGUAAACCUCUCACAGCCCCAGGCCACAAGAAACACAGACGUCCUCUCCAGGAAGGCCUUGAGGUCAGCCAGCUGUGGUGAGGUACCCACCAGAGACAGUGGUUGGCGCCAAGCAUUGGAGAGGUCCCUGUCUUCACAGGUGUGCAAACCAGAACCAAAGAACUUGGCCAAACCCCAGGAUGACUGUUUCCCCGAGGAAUACCGCCCACCCCCGCCCUUUGCUCCUGGGUACUGCUAAGGAGGAGAUCUACUCUGGAUCUGGGUCCCUUGCUGCCAAGGAUGACUUACACAUAGAUCCCCUUACUCUUUGCCAACACCCACCAACACUCAGGAGCCAGAGAAAUGUAAUAAAGGCAUUGCUUGGUUCCU